CGCCGCGGUCAUGUGAGAGAGGGUGGACAUGGCGGCGAUGCGGGUGUUGGUGCCGCGCUGGGCCGCGUCGCUGCGGCCGGGCAGCGCCACGGCGGCGGCCGGAGCCUUCCCGAAGCGGGUGAAGAUCGUGGAGGUGGGGCCGCGCGACGGGCUCCAGAACGAGAAGAGUGUUGUACCGACAGCGGUGAAAAUCAAUUUAAUCAAUAUGCUGUCAGAGACGGGGCUUCAGGCUAUAGAGGCCACCAGCUUUGUCUCCCCCAAGUGGGUUCCUCAGAUGGCUGACCAUACUGAAGUCAUGCGAGGAAUUAAUAAGUUGCCUGGAAUUAGUUACCCUGUGCUGACCCCUAAUCUGAAAGGAUUUCAGGCAGCGGUGGCAGCAGGGGCCAAAGAAGUGUCGAUCUUUGGAGCAGCAUCUGAGCUUUUCACUAGGAAGAACAUCAACUGUUCCAUAGAGGAGAGUUUGGAGAGAUUUGAUGAAGUGAUGACGGCUGCGAGAGCAGCCAGCAUUCCUGUCCGGGGAUAUGUUUCCUGUGUCCUUGGAUGUCCCUAUGAAGGGAAGAUUUCUGCAGCUAAAGUUGCAGAGGUCUCAAAGAAGAUGUACUCGAUGGGAUGCUAUGAGAUUUCCCUCGGUGACACCAUUGGCAUUGGGACCCCAGGGAGCAUGAAGGAGAUGCUGACAGCAGUCAUGAAAGAGGUGCCAGUUGGGGCUCUUGCUGUUCACUGCCACGAUACCUACGGGCAAGCUCUUGCCAACAUCUUGGUGGCGCUUCAGAUGGGUGUGAGUGUGGUUGAUGCUUCUGUCGCUGGGCUCGGAGGCUGCCCCUACGCCCAAGGAGCUUCAGGAAACGUUGCGACGGAGGACUUGGUGUACAUGCUGAACGGCCUGGGGAUCCACACGGGUGUGGAUCUGCAGAAGCUGAUGGACGCGGGCACGUUUAUCUGCAAUGCUCUCAGCAGACGAACCAAUUCCAAAGUGUCCCAGGCAUCUUGCAGACUGUGAUUCUGAAUUGAGUUUCUCCUUGGAUCAAGAAGAAAGCAAGGAUCCAGCGUUGGCCGGGUUUCCCUUCUGUUCUGCCUCUGAUCUUCAGUGCUUCUUCCAGGCUCAGCACUUGAGAGGAAAUGCAUGAUCCACCAGAAUCUAUGAAGAAAUGAAAAAAAAACAAAAACAAAAAACCAACAGUACUAUAUUCAACCUUGAAGACAUUAGCCAUUUGCCUUAGAGAAGGGAGGGUGUGGAUGGGUCUGCGGGGGAAGAAGCAGCUGCAGCACUUGCCUUCUCGCAGAGCUCGGCACCAGCCCCCAACGGCGUCCGGUAACUGCUACCUCGAGCCUGUGUUGCCAUAAACUACCAGCAACGGAUAAACCACAGCAUUCCCAGUUAGAGCACUUCUCCAGGUCAGGCUUGACCCUUCUUCCCUUCUCUUUCCUCACUACGAGUGUCAAGACCGAAAUCGAAAGGCUCCCCUUCGUCAUUCAGGUGUCGAGAGGCAGCGUCAGACCUUCCGUCUUAGUGUUCAGGGAUUGUAAUAACACACUGUAUCUGUUGUAAGAUACUUCUAAGUACUAGCAGCAAUAAACAUAUUAUUUAAUAUUCUAAACUAUUAGAAAUUCGGUUUAAAUAAACCAGUUAAAGAGCUUUGGUUGCUA